CUCGCAGCCCUGACGGUGAGCCACGACGCUCAGAGCCUGUUUAAGAGGUUCCGGGAGCAGGAGCUGGAGGAGCGGAGGAGGCUGUGCCGGUGGGGCUCCUGGAAGGAGGGGCUGAUCCUGCCCAUUGCGGGGAGCACGCGGAAUGACCUCCCCAGGAACCAGAGGUUCAUGGAAGACAAGGAUUUCGAUUUCUCCCUCUCUCUGGCCAGAGUGCUGAAGGACUUCGCCAUUAAGGGGAGCCUAGAUUUUGUAAGUCGCGUGCAAAGCCUGGAGGACUACCAAAAGACCUUCCCACGCGGGAGCACCGUGCUGGCCGGGUGGGUCCGGGACUCCUGGAAGGACGACGCGCUCUUCGGGUACCAGUUCCUCAACGGGGCCAACCCCAUGCUCCUGAGGCGGUCCAAGGGCCUUCCCGCGCGGCCGCUCCUGCCUCAGACCGAAGCCCUGAACAGCGAGCUGGAGAAGGCGCUGGAGGCUGGGUCUCUGUUUGAAGCCGAUUUCUCGCUGCCCAACACCAUCAUUUUUAAGCAGCAGGAUGUGAUGGCCCCUUUGGUCCUGCUGCAGCUGCAGCCCGACAGGAGGCUGUUGCCCAUGGCCAUCCAGCUCCUCGCUCCCUCCUGCUCCAGCUCCAGCCCCUCGACAUGCUCCCCACCUCUGCUCUUCUUGCCCCCGGACCCUCCCAUGGCCUGGCUGCUGGCCAAGAUCUGGGUCCAAAGCUCUGAUUUCCAGCUGCAGGAGUUACAGUCACACCUGCUAAGGGGACAUCUCAUGGCUGAGGUCAUCUCGGCCACGAUGAGGAGCCUGCCCAGCCUGCACCCUUACAACCAGCUCCUUGUCCCGCACUUUUGAUACACUAAGGAGAUCAACACCCUGGCGAGGAACAAUCUUGUCUCUGAAUGGGGGAUUUUUGAUCUGGUGGUGAGUACAGGGAGUGGAGGCCAUGUGAACAUCCUCCAGAGAGCCACAUCCUGCCUGACCUACCGCUCCUUCUGCCCUCCGGAUGACUUGGCUGACCGAGGGCUCUCGGAUGUGAAGUCUUCUCUGUAUGCCCAGGACGCCCUCAGGCUAUGGGGCAUCAUCAGCUGGUAUGUGGAGAGGAUGGUUGAGCUUUUCUACAAGAGUGACAUGAACGUGAAGGACGAGCUGCAGGCCUGGUGCAGAGAGGUCACUGAGGUCGGGCUGCUUGGGGCACAGGCGGGGGGGUUCCCCGGGUCCUUGGAGACCCGGGCUCAGCUGGGCCACUUUGUUGCCAUGUGCGUCUUCACCUGCACUGGCCAGCAUUCCUCUACCCACCUGGGUCAGCUGGACUGGUACUCCUGGGUUCCCAACGGCCCCUGCACCAUGCACAAGCCCCCGCCCACCUCCAAGGACAUGAUGGAGAAGGACAUCAUAGACUCGCUGCCUUCCCUCCAGCAGGCUCAGAUGCAGACGACCUUCAUCAAGUUCCUGGGCAGGCGCCAGCCCGUCAUGGUGGCCCUAGGGCAGCACGAGGAGGAGUAUUUCUCAGGGCUCAAGCCCCGGACCGUGCUGGAGCAGUUCCGGGAGGAGCUGGCUGCCAUGGACGAGGAGAUGGAGGUCCAGAAUGCUGACCUGGACCUGCCCUCUGAGUACCUCCGACCCAGCAUGGUGGAAAACAGCGUGACCAUCUGAGAGGAGGAGGAGGCCGCUGUCUGUAUCUUCAUAGUCGUGUCCUCCCCCACCCUCUGGGAGCAGGCAGCUCCCCGCCGCAAUUCUGGAGCGCACACAGCGACCACCCAUAUGUAUCUCAUAAUCUGGAACCUUCCGUAGCCGCCUAACUCUGUCAACCUCGCUGCCAGCUUCUUUAGCCCUGAACCCCGACACCCACCUCUCUUCCCCAAAGGAUGUGGUUUAUACAUUAAAAACAAAUCUGAUUAAACAAUAAAGUUGCUUAUGUAGAGUGA